AAGAGCUAGGAAGGAUUCCGUUUUUUUCUCCAAAAAAGAAAAAAGAGAGGAAGGAAUCCCCACGAUCACAUCCUCCAUAUAAAUGCCCCCUCUCGCCUCCAUUCCCCAGCGUCGGCCGUCCAAGCCAGGUCUUUCCAGCUUCGAUCUGCCCCCGAAACCAAGCCAGAGGAGGAGAGCAGAGGAAGGCCUGCCGGGGCUAUGGGCAACACCGGGAGUACAUCUCCUGCAAGCUUAGGAAAGGCUCAUGUUCCACAUUUACAAUGGAAGGUUCAUGAUUUCUCAGCGCUACUUGAGACAGGAGCCAAGUCAGCAAAAUCUGCUCAUUUUCACUGCUCCGGGUAUAAGUGGUUCCUGAAAGUGACACCACCAAUGCAUCAAAAACCUGGCGCUGAAACUCCAUAUGUUGGUCUUUCUCUUAAACUAGGCCGGACAACCCUGAAGCCGGGUGACACGGUAAAUGCCGUGUUUGAGUUAUCAGUAUACAAUCAUGCAAAGAAGAUAUACUAUGGACGCAAAGCUACCCACAAUUUUGAUUUGAACAAUACAUGCUCGAAGGAUGAAUGUUUGAUUCCUCUUCAGAAGCUACUAAAAUCAUCUGCUUUUCUAGUUGAUGAUAGCUGUGUCUUUGGUGUUAAGAUAUUGAAAAUUAAAGUGUGUUCUCCUGAAAAGAAGGCUGUUAUGGUUCUGAAGAAGGCUACCACACUUCAGAACCUUUUUAUCCAGAAGAAAGGGCUCAUCAAAGGGACCUACACCUGGACCAUGGACAACUACCAUGAAUUGGACUUGAAGCGCUAUGUUUGUUCUCCUACAUUUGAAGUUGGUGGACAUAAAUGGCAUGUUGGCAUGUAUCCGCAUGGUUGCAGAAACAUCACCGGCCACAUCUCCUUGUUCUUAUACUUGGAGUCCUCGGAUAAGCUCUGUGACGAGUCCGGGAAGGUAGUCGAAUUGACUCUAUCCAUCCUAGACCAAAAGAACGGGAAACAAUCCACCAUCACUUCAGGUCUCUCGGUGUUUGGAGGUGAUAGCAGCUGGGGAUGGCCCAAGUUCCUUACAGUCAAUAGAUUCAAGGAUCCGUCUCGAGGCUAUGUCCUAGGAUCAAGAUGCGUCGUCAAGGCAGAUUUCACUAUUGUUGGCUCCUCCAAUGAUGGCUAGAUCUUUAGCUCAUGGCCCUUGCAUCCUACUACUUGCUAGUAUUGUGUAUAUACUUGUUAAGUUUUUGCCAUAUUGUUUUGGAAGCAGUGCUAACACGACCAUCAUAUGGUGCUAACGACAAACUUAGCACUGGAAGUUGAGAACAUGUUAGUUUUAUUUCGGGCAGUGUGAUGUUAGAAACUACUUCAAUACGGAUGAUGCAAUUAUUUCGGUUGGCUUAUUA